CCCGCGAAAUAAAAGCGCUGCUCUCCGGACUGUCUGGUCACAUGCUGGGAAGGUUGGAAGUGGCGGCUUCAUGUCACACAUGCAUACCGACAAAGUGAAUGGCACACGGGCGCAGGAGUGACACCGAGGCGAGCAGCACCGCCACAGCGCAUCCACGGCAGCCGGCUGAAGCCCACGCUCCACGGGGGGGAAGGAGAAGAAGAAGAGGAAGAAGAAGGAGGGGAAGCGUGUGCCUGGGAGAGGAUGGAGCUGAAACCCACGGGAGGUUAAUAUAGUAUCCCAGCACCGAAACCGGGACCGUAGCGGGAACUCCACGGGCGGCGGCAGGUUGAAUUUGGCACAGUUGCGAAAAGUUGUGUACAAUGGUGAUAAAUGGGUCCCACCUGAACAGCUCCAGUGACGCCGUGCUGAGCCGCCCGCCGUGGGUCACCACAACUUUGGGCUGCUUCCUCAUCUUCACCAUCGUCGUGGACAUCCUGGGCAACCUGCUGGUCAUCUUCUCUGUGUAUCGGAACAAGAAGCUCAGGAACGCAGGGAACAUCUUCGUGGUGAGCCUGGCGGUGGCAGACCUUGUAGUGGCCAUCUACCCGUACCCUUUGGUCCUCACUUCCAUCUUCCACAAUGGCUGGAACCUGGGUUACGUCCACUGCCAGAUCAGCGGCUUCCUCAUGGGCGUCAGCGUCAUCGGCUCCAUCUUCAACAUCACCGGCAUCGCCAUCAACCGAUACUGUUACAUCUGCCACAGCCUCAAAUACGAUAAACUGUACAGCGACAAAAACUCUGUGUGUUAUGUGAUGCUGAUCUGGGCGCUGACUGUCGUGGCCAUCGUGCCCAACCUGUUUGUGGGUUCGCUUCAGUACGACCCACGCGUGUACUCCUGCACCUUCGCACAGUCGGCCAGCUCAGCGUACACGAUCGCAGUGGUUUUCUUUCACUUCAUUUUGCCCAUCAUGAUUGUCACCUACUGCUACCUGCGCAUCUGGAUCUUGGUCAUCCAGGUGAGGAGGCGGGUCAAGCCAGACAAUCGGCCCAAGCUGACACCGCACGACGUCCGAAACUUUAUCACCAUGUUCGUGGUGUUCGUGCUCUUCGCUGUUUGCUGGGCGCCACUCAACUUCAUCGGCCUGGCUGUAGCGAUCAGACCAGAGGUGGUGGUUCCCCUCAUCCCCGAGUGGCUAUUUGUGUCCAGCUACUUCAUGGCCUAUUUCAACAGCUGCCUUAAUGCCAUCGUGUACGGUGUGCUGAACCAGAACUUUCGACGCGAGUACAAGCGUAUUGUCGUGUCGGUGUGUACAGCUCGCAUCUUUUUCCAGGACAGCUCCAAUGAUGCCGGGGAGAGGCUGAAGAGUAAGCCGUCGCCGCUCAUGACCAACAAUAACCAGGUGAAGGUGGACUCUGUCUGAACCAUGAUCCAGAGACAUGGAUGGAUAUACUGUUAGUGAGAGUUUAAAAAAACAAAACAAAAAAAAAGCUGAGUAAGAAAAAUACCAAAUAUAAAUCUAAAGCAGCUUCUGUCCUUUGAGCUGUCCAGACUGUCAUACGGUGCUAUCUGACCUCUGAACAAUCACAGUAAGAACAGAGGUGCAUAUAAUCCUUGUCUUUUAUCAAGCACUUUUGUUUGCCUCUGCAGUACCUGUAGUACAGUAAAUAUAUGGUCUGUUUUGUUUUCAUGUUUACAGUGAUGAUAUAAAUGUAUCAUGCAUUAUAUAAGUAUUUAUUUUGUAUGAAAUGUCAUGUAGAUAUACACUGCUCCAAAAAAUUACAGGAACACUUUUUAAUCUAAGUAUUGCAUCAAAUCAGUGAAACAUGUGGGAUACUGAUCUGGUCAAGUAAGUAACUGAGGGGCUUUUUAGUCAGUUUCAGCUGCUUUGGUGUUCAUAAAAUUAACAACAGAUGCACUAGAGGGGUAACAAUGAGACAACCCCCAAAACAGGAAUGAGUUUACAGGUGAAGGCCACUGACAUUUAUUUCCUUCCCAAUAUUUUCAGACUGUUUUUCACUAGUUUUGCAUUUGGCUAGGGUAAGUGUCACUUCUGGUAGCAUGAGGUGAUACCUGGACCCUACAGAGGUUCCACAGACAGUCCAACUCCUCCAGGAUGAAACAUCAAUGCGUGCCAUUGCCUGAAGGUUUGCUGUGUCUCCCAGCACAGUCUCAAGCGCAUGGAGGAGAUUCCAGGAGACAGGCAGUUAGUCUGGGAGAGCUUGACAAGGCUGUAGAAGGUUCUUAACCCAUCAGCAGGACAGGUAUCUGUUCCUUUGUGCAAGGAGGAACAGGAUGAGCACUGCCAGAGCUCUACAAAAUGACCUCCAGCAGACCACUGGUGUGAAUGUCUCUGAUCAAACAAUCAGAAAGAGAUGUAAUGAGAGUGGUCUGAGGGCCCACCGUCCUCUAGUGGAGCACAGCUCGCUGAUCGGCACCGUGGAGCUCGGCUGGCAUUUGCCAUAGAACACAGGAAUUUGCAAGUCCACCACUGGUGCCCUGUGCUUUUCACAGAUGAGAGCAGGUUCACCCUGAGCGCAUGUGACGGGCAUGAAAGGGUCUGGAGAAGCCGUGGAGAACGUUAUGCUGCCUGUAACAUUGUUCAGCAUGACCAGUUUGGUGGUGGGUCAGUGAUAGUGUGGGGAGGCAUAUCCAUGGAGGGACGCACAGACCUCUACAGGCUGGACAAUGGCAUUCUGACUGCCUUUAGGUAUCAGGAUGAAAUCCUUGGACCCAUUGUCAGACCCUACAUUGGUGCAGUGGUCCUGGAUUCCUUUUGGUGUACGACAAUGCCCAGUCUUAUGUGGUAAGAGAACUCAUGCAGUUCCUGGAGGAUGAAGGAACUGAUACCAUUAGCUGGCCCCCAUGCUCACCUGACCUGAAUCCAAUAGAACACCUUUGGAACAUUAUGUUUUGUUCCAUCCGACACCAUCAGGUUGCUCCUCAGACUGUCCAGGAGCUCAGCGAUGCCCUGGUCCAGUUCUGGGAGGAGAUACCCCAGGACACCAUCUGUCGUCUCAUUCAGAGCUUGUCCCGGCAUCGUCAGUCAUGCAUACAAGCACAUGGAGGCCAUACAAACUACUGAAUACCAUUUUGAGUUGCUGCCAAGGAAUUUCAGCAAGAUGGACCAGCCUGCCGCAUCAGUUUUUCACUUUGAUUUUGGGGUGUCUUGAAUUUAGCCCUCCUGGGGGUUGAUAAUCUUCAUUCCCAUCAAACUAUGUGGCACUUUUCAUUCCUAACACAUUAUCCAGUCCAUAUCAAUGCUAAGAUCCAGUUUUUUUUUCCCCGUAUUGAAAUAUGAUGUGUUUUCAAAGUGUUACUUUAAUUUUUUUUGAGCAGUGUAUAAUAAGGUAUAUCAUCAGGUUACAGUUAAAUGAAGCAACGUUUUAUGAGGCCAAUAAAAAAAAAGAUUUAUACAAAACUUGGUUGAAAAUAUAACUGCAAGUUUCUAAGUGAAGUUAACCAAUUUUAAUAAUCUCAUUUGUGACACUGUAACACUAAUUGAGUGGAAGCAAUGUGGGUUGCUGCUGUCUUAUUAUACCCUACAGUACUGUCCCUUACAUUAGGUGGAAUAUAUAUUUUAGUAAGAAAGAUCUCUCUCUAUCUUUCUCUCUUGCUCUCUCUAUCUUUCUAUCUACCACCUUGUGAGCUCAAUAUACUGUAUGCAUGGAUAUCAGGAAUUGUUCAUAUGCAAAAUAAAAUCUGAUAUUGAUGGAA